UUGUGUGGCUUUCUGUCGCCCUCUGUUUUUCAGCUGUGAACAUAAAGUUUUGUUUCCGAGGAAAGGAAACCUUUCUUGCUAUAAAAAUCAUCCCAUUUCAGAGCAGACGCAGAGCAGAUAAAGACAUGGACCCCGUGACAGCUGUGUGCAGUGCUGCAGGAGCAGUAGGUGCCGUAGUCGCUGCUCCUGCUCUUCUGGGAGCUGCUGGUUUCACCUCAGCAGGAAUAGCUGCAGGCUCCUACGCUGCAAGCAUGAUGUCUGCAGCUGCUGUGGCCAAUGGAGGAGGAGUGGCAGCAGGAAGUGCAGUGGCUGUUUUGCAGUCAGCAGCUGUGAACAUAAAGUUUUGUUUCCGAGGAAAGGAAACCUUUCUUGCUAUAAAAAUCAUCCCAUUUCAGAGCAGACGCAGAGCAGAUAAAGACAUGGACCCCGUGACAGCUGUGUGCAGUGCUGCAGGAGCAGUAGGUGCCGUAGUCGCUGCUCCUGCUCUUCUGGGAGCUGCUGGUUUCACCUCAGCAGGAAUAGCUGCAGGCUCCUACGCUGCAAGCAUGAUGUCUGCAGCUGCUGUGGCCAAUGGAGGAGGAGUGGCAGCAGGAAGUGCAGUGGCUGUUUUGCAGUCAGCAGGUAUGGCAGGUCUGUCUGGGGCCGCCACCGCAGCCGUGGGUACUGUUGGAGGGGCUGUUGGAGGAUUGGUGGCUGCUCUCAUCUGAGACCAGGAAAUUAUGAUAAUCAGAAAGAAAAAAACAAUAAUAGUAAUAAAUGACAUAUUUACUGCUGCCAAUUGGAAACAGUUGCAAUAGUAUCAGCGUCAUGCUUCAGCAAAGCUUGGCUGAAACUUGCUUGCUGGUAAUGCUGUGGUGUUUUAUUACAAAACACAUGGACACGGACAAAUUGUGCAAUUUUAAAUAAAGCCCUAAUAAAAUACUGAAAAACGUUU